UACAGCUUCCGAGGUUAACAAGCAUGGCUCUAAUCCAAGAAGGGGACAAAAUUUUGUUAAAAAAGGACAACCACUUGAAAUUAUUUGAAAUUAGGAGAAACAGGCCUGUAGCAGUGGAAAAGGUCAAGUUCACUUUGGAUGCUGCGAUUGGGCAGCCCUAUGGCACCUUGUUUGAGGUUAAGGAUAAGGGACUGGUGAAGGUGCUGCGGGCAGAUUAUGCUGAUGAUGCCCCAGUGGAAGGUGAGAGAGGAGAUGACAACCGUGAAUUGUUGGACAGGGACAGCAACCAGAAGCUGUCACAUGAUGAAAUAGCCCAGAUGAAAGAGGAAGGAGUACGAGGAGAGAGUAUUGUGGAGCACUUGAUUGAAAAUAGCGCUACGUUUAAAACAAAGACAGAAUUUGCACAGGAGAAAUAUGUUCAAAAGAAAAAGAAGAAACAUUUGCCUGUCUAUACCAUCCUGAAGCCCACGACUCGUCUGCUCUGUGAGAUGUAUUUGUCACGGUCCGCCAAUAAAAUUGGGUACCUGCGCAUGGACAGUCUCUCCCAGAUUCUCACAUAUGGAAAUGUGCAGGCUGGUAGCACUAUCGCUGUGGUGGACAGCUGCCUGGGACUCGUACUGGGUGCCGUCAUGGAGAGGAUGAUGGGUCAUGGCAAAGUCAUUCACUUGUACCCAGGCACACAGCCAAACAGGCCAGCACUUGAUGCGUAUGGCUUCCCAGAUCAUGUGCUGAAGUCCCUCAUUGAUUUCCCACUUCCAUAUGUGAAGGACCUUUAUACUGAUGACAGAGCCCCAAAUUGGGAGUUUGAGGCAGAAUCCUGUGACGACGGUGAACGGGCAGAGUCUGACAAAGACAACCGCAAAAGGAAGCAUGAGGAUCAGUGGAACAAAAAGAGCAGAAAAGAGCAACAGCUUCGAGAGGCGAGGAAUGCAAUGAAGGGCAAAGUAGAUGGUUUAAUAGUGGCCUUUAACCAGGACCCUCUACCAGUUGUUUCAUACUUAUCUCCUUUCAUUCACCCAUCCCGACCUGUGGUGGUGUUCUCACAGUUCAAAGAGCCCUUGAUGGACACAUAUGUACAGAUGAGAGAGAAGAAUGUUGGGGUGAACUUCAGGGUAACAGAGACAUGGCUCAGAGAAUACCAGGUGUUACCAGAGCGCACUCAUCCCAUGGUGAAAAUGAGUGCUGGAGGGGGUUACUUACUAACUUACACAACUGUCAUCCCAAGCUGAUGAGGGCAGGGAGCACGUGCUGAUGGUCACAGAAGACAUCAGCAUGAAUCUGAGGAGUGCCACAGCGUGCUGACUGGGUCAGACAGAUCUUGACUUAGUGAUAUACGACAUAACAGACCAGGGAUCAAGUGUCCGACUGUGACUAUAGACAGCUAAUAUCCGAGUGUGAAGCUGUGUGCACAUGUAUUUAGAAUAUCUGUUUUCAGAUAGUGUGAUCAAAUUUUUUGUUGGAAUGACUGAACAGCGGGAAGUUCCCCCAACAUGAUGUCGCCUUGUGACUGUUUUGAUUAAAUGAACAGACCUGUUUCAUGAUACGUCGUAAAAUUUGGAAUGCUUUCUCGUAUUAGAAAGCCAUUGCCGUGAUUGAGCCAAACAACAAUUUCUUCUCCUGCAUAAAAUUUGACACAGUGGCUGGUAUACAUAUACUAGCCAGCUUAUAGAUGUGAAACAAUGAAUUGAGUUUUUUCCUUGAUAUGGCUCAAAUAUUUGCUUCGUGUUGCCAUAAUCAUACUAAGUAAAUUGAUUUAUUCAGUCUUGUGUUCUGUGUAAAGCCAUUUCAUGUGACUUCAAAGCAAUCUGUAUUCAUCUUGUCAGUUUAGUUGACUUGGGUUUCAAUGAAAAGGCUUGAAUAAAUGUAAGGAUAACAUGUA